CUGAUUGGCCCGCGCUCACUGGCCUCCUCUCAUUGGCUGAUGCUGCUGCCAGUCCCCUCUCAAGCCCCGCCCCCGAGCACAGAAAUGCCCGCGCGCGCAGCGGCGCGUCACCAGACGGAUCUGCGCUCGCGCUGACGGAGCGUCUCUGCCGCGGAGCCAGAAAUGAUCAGAACCCCGCGGACUGGACCCGAACCCGAACCCGAACCCAGCCAACAUGGAUGUGUGUAGAACCCUCGCGGCGCUGCUGUGGGUCCUGCUGCUGAGACGGGUCCAGGUCUGCCAGGCGGAGGAAGUUGUGCUGCUGAACUCCAAGGAGACGCAGGCAGAACUCGGCUGGACCUCCUUCCCCCCAAACGGAUGGGAGGAGAUCAGCGGCGUGGAUGAGAAGUACAAGCCGAUCCGGACCUACCAGGUGUGUAACGUGAUGGAGCCCACGCAGCAGAACAACUGGCUGCAGACGGGCUGGGUGGCACGCCGCGGCGGACAGCGCAUCUUCGUGGAGCUGCAGUUCACGCUGCGCGACUGCAACAGCAUCCCCGGCGUGGCCGGUACCUGCAAGGAGACGUUCAACCUGCUGUACGUGGAGUCGGACCGGGACCUGGGCGCCGUGACCCGGGAGGACCGCUACUCCAAGAUAGACACCAUCGCCGCCGACGAGAGCUUCACGCAGGGAGACCUGGGGGAAAGGAAGAUGAAGCUCAACACGGAGGUGCGGGAGAUCGGACACCUCAACCGGAAGGGCUUCCACCUGGCCUUCCAGGACGUGGGCGCGUGCGUCGCCCUGGUGGCCGUCCGCGUGUACUACAAGCGCUGCCUGGCCACCGUGCAGAACCUGGCUGUGUUCCCCGACACGGUGGCCGAGGCCGCCUUCGCCACGCUGGUGGAGGUCCGCGGCGGCUGCGUCAACAACUCGGAGGUGGACAGCGACAGCCCUCCCAGGAUGCAUUGCAGCGCCGAGGGGGAGUGGCUGGUGCCCAUUGGGAAGUGCAGCUGCAGCGCCGGCUACGAGGAGGGCCACAGCAGCUGCGAAGCUUGUCCGCCUGGAUCCUACAAGAUGUCGUCGCGGCAACAGGAGUGUUUUCCGUGUCCGGCCAACAGCGUGGCGGAGGAGGAAGGAUCGGUGGUGUGUGUGUGUGAGGAAGAUCACUUCAGGACUCCUCUGGACAGCCCCUCCACCCCCUGCACUAGGCCGCCCUCCCCGCCCAGGAGCCUGCGCUUCUCCCUGCGGCAGUCCUCCCUGGUCCUGGACUGGGCCCCGCCUUCGGACUCCGGGGGCCGCGUGGACCUGACCUACAGCGUGGGCUGCCGGCGCUGCGGCCCGGCCCGCUGCGAGCCGUGCGGGCCCGGCGUGGGCUUCGUGCCGCAGCAGGUGGGGCUGACGGAGCGCACGGUGACGGUGGUCAACCUGCUGCCCAACACCAACUACACCUUCAGCGUGGAGGCGCUGAACGGCGUGUCGGACCUGCUGCCCAGCAAGAGCUUCUACACACAGGUCAACGUGUCCACUAGCCUGCCCCCUCCGUCUCUGAUCAGCGAGCUGCGAGCGGAGAAGGUCGAAGAGAAGAGCGUCACGCUGGUGUGGAGGGAACCGCCGAACCCAAACCGCAGCCGCACCGAGUACGAGGUCAAGUACUACGAGAAGGACCAGAAGGACCAGAGUUAUUCCACGGUGAAGACGGCCGCCACUCGGAUCAUUGUCAACAACCUGAAACCUGGAACCACUUACGUCUUUCUCAUCCGUCCCUUCUUGACUCCGGCUCCGUCCUCGUCCUUGGCUUCUUCUGCUCUCUCAUCGACCUCUUCUACUUCUGCCUCCUCUUCCUCGUCUUCAUCCUCCUCUUCCUCCUCCACUCCUCCUCCCAUCGACUACGGAGCGUUCAGCGCGCCGCUGGAGCUGCAGACUCUGGGCGAGUUAGCCCUGGCGUCCAGCGAACAGAACCCAGUGGUGAUCAUCGUCAUCGUGUCGGUGGCUGCGCUCAUCAUGCUGCUGUCCAUGGGGGCGGGGCUUCUCCUCUGGAGGAGACAGUGCGGCUACAGCAAAGCCUCCCAGGAGGGAGACGAGGAGCUCUACUUCCAGUUUAAGAUCCCGACACGGCGGACCUAUAUCGACCCGGAGACGUGUGAAGACCUGCUGCAGGCCGUCCACGCCUUCGCCAAGGAGCUGGACAACCAGAGCAUCAAGAUAGAGAGGAUCGUCCACACAGGUGACUUUGGGGAGGUGUGCCGCGGCUGCCUGAAGCUGCCCAGUAAGCGCGAGCUGCCGGUCGCCAUCCGGACGCUGCGGGCCGGCUGCUCCGACAAGCAGCGCCGCUCCUUCCUGAGCGAGGCCGGCAUCCUGGGCCAGUUCGACCACGCCAACAUCAUCCGGCUGGAGGGCGUCAUCACCACCGGAAACACGAUGAUGAUCGUGGAGGAGAGCAUGACCAACGGAGCCAUGGACUCCUUCCUCAGGAAACACGAAGGCCAGCUGAGCGUCAUGCAGCUGAUGGACAUGCUGACCGGAGUGGCUUCAGGGAUGAAAUAUCUCACUGAGAUGGGAUUCGUCCACAAACGGCUGGCAGCGCACAAGGUUCUGGUGAACUCCAACCUGACCUGCAAGGUGUCGGGCUUCAGGCCGCUUCAGGAGGAAAAGAUCGACUCCAUCUACACCACGCUGCACGGAGGGAAGAGCGUGGUUCUGUGGACCGCCCCGGAGGCCAUCCAGUACCGCCGCUUCUCCUCGGCCUCCGACGUCUGGAGCUUCGGCAUCGUCAUGUGGGAGGUCAUGUCCUACGGAGAGAGGCCCUACUGGGACAUGGGCACCCAGGAUGUCAUAAAGGCCAUCGAGGACGGCUUCAGGCUGCCGGCUCCGGUCAACUGCCCCCCCCACCUGCACCAGCUGAUGUUGGACUGCUGGCAGAAGGAGCGGGCGGAGCGGCCCGGCUUCAGCCAGAUCCACUCGGCGCUCAGUAAGAGCGUCCGCUCUCCGGACGGCAUCGGCUCGUCCACGCUGGCGCGCAGGACGCUGAGCUCGUCCAUCUCCCUGGCCGAGCGGCCGCUGCCCUCCUUCCCGUCCUUCAGCUCGGUGGGAGAGUGGCUGGACGCCGUGGACAUGAGCCGCUACAAGGACAACUUCACCGCUGCAGGAUACUGCUACCUGGAGUCUGUGGCUCGCAUGACCGUACAAGACGUGCUGAGCCUGGGCGUCACCUCCCUGGACCACCAGAAGCUGAUCCUGGCCGCCAUCCAGACGCUGCGGGCGCAGGUGAUCCAGAUGCACGGCCGGGGGGUCCAGGUCUGACCGGGGGGUCCAGGUCUGACCGGGGGGUCCAGGUCUGACCGGGACUCACCUGGCUGCGGCUGCGGCGCCUCACACAGGUGUGCAGGAGGAGACGAGCGGGGAGCGUCCACCCUGGAGGACAGGCCAGUGGACGCUUGACUCCUCUUCCAUUCCUUCAUCCCUUCUUCCUGUUUUCAAGAGGAGGUGAGCGGCGCGACCCGAGGACCCCGAAGGAGUGAUGUCAUGUGACCUUUGUGACCUCUGCCGCUCCCUCCGGCCAAUCAGAGCCCCGGAUGGACAGGUUUGGUGGAAUGUCCCUUUAAGACAAACCUUGGCAGAAGGACUCGUGUUUCCACGUUGAUCCGACCGACCAACUGGAGCGGGCUUUGUGGGCGGGGCUUCAGUGGUGGCCCAAUCAGAAACAGACGCUGGAAAAUGUUCAAACUGUCGGGUUUUUCUUCUCCUUGGUGCUUUUUCCUGGUUUUCUUUGUGCUGGACGUCAUUUCAGUAACAGUCCUCAUGUUUCUGUGUUUACAGGUUCAGCUCAAAAAACUGGAAUAUCAGAAAAAAUUCAGUUUUUUCUGUCAGAUUUCAGAAACUUCUUGUAAUUCUGAUGAUUAAACCUCAGAGAAGGAAAAGCCAAAGUUGGAUCUGAACAUUGAGAAGUGGUGGCGUGACACCAAGACGCUGAAGGAGCUCGUUGUUCAGAGGCUGUAUCCAAGCAUAUUAACGGAAGAUUGAGUGGAAGGAAAAAGUGUGGUAGGAAAAGAUGCCGCAGCAACAGGGAGAAUCUGGAGGAACUGAGAGAAAAACGACAAAAAUGUUUCCCAGAAUUCUGAUAUUUCUGCUUAAAAUAUCAUCUUAUUGAUCUGAUGUAAUAUUCUAAUUUUCUGAGAGACAAAAUUUUGGGUUUUUAAUACUUUAUUUAUCUAUUUAUUUUAAUAUUCAGAUUUUCUGUGACAAUUUUUUGUCUCCUAUUUAUUUCAUUUUAUUUGAUUUUCUUGUUAUGAUUUUCUGACACUGAAUUUCAGUUUUUUUGUUUAUUUAUUAAUAUUAGAUUUUCUGAGACAAUAAAUUUUGGGAUUUCAGUCUUUAAUUCAUUUUUUAAAAUAAUUUAAAUGUUCAGGUUUUGGGUGAGUUUUUGGGAUUUCAGGCUCUUGUUUUACUUUAUUUAAUGUUUAUUAUUUUUUAUGUGAAGCAGAUUUUGGAUUUUCAUUCUGUGAGCCAAAAUCAUCAGAACUACUAGAAACAAAAGAUUAAAAUAUUUCACUGUGUGUGUGAAAUAUGAUUGAUUGAUUGAUUGAUUGAUUGAUCAGACAGGGACAGAAAUGGUUUUCAGUUGGUGGUGUUUUCCAGGCGCUGCGCCCCCUGGGGGCCGUCCUGCUGUAAACAUAUUUAUCCAUAUUUAUUGUCUCCACAGAGGAAGGUUUUAUUCGUCCGGUUCUGUUGGGUUUGGACUCGGAACCGGCAGAGGGAUGUUUGAACUGUCGGUACACAGUAUCUGUGCGUUCCUGAACUUUAACUGGACUCGCUGGUUCUGUGGCAGCCUGUGUGAUUCCUGCUGUAAACAUGAUGGUGUUGCACUUCUUCUUCUUCUCCUCCUCCUCCUCCUCCUCCUCCUCCUCCUCCUCCUCUGCGCGGUGAGCUCACGGUCCGGGUCGUUUGGGUUUCUUCUUCUUCUCCCAGCCCAGCUCCACGUUUCCAGUUUUGAUGUUUAAUACUGUAAAUAUGUAUCUGAAAUGCCAAAUCUAUUUUUAUAGUUUGUUUGAAUAACGUGUUGAUCUAAUAUCUGCUCACCGUGGAAAAGUUUUACUGGUUACAUUUGGAAUAUAAAACAGAUUGAUAAUCAUUUUUACCUGACUGAAGGAAAUCUGAUGGCUGUUGCAAUAUUUAAACGUGUUAUUAAAAAAGUCCAACACCA